AUGGCGUUUGGAAUAUUUGGAAAUCUGAAUGUCAUUGUGGCGAUAUGCAGAAAAAAGAUCCUGAGAACCAAAGGAGCAAUGUUUGUAAUGGUCCUGGCCUUUGCUCACUUGACAUGCAACAUUUCGGAAAUUGUUGGAUUGUUUUUGCAGUUGAGAUUCCGUCCAAUGUCUAGAAAGAAAUGUUUUGAAUACAAUGUGCUCUUCAGUUUUGCUGUGAUGUUUCAGUCUGCCCUGUACUUGUCAAUGGCUCUGGAUAUCUGUUUCAGCAUAGUUUUGCCUAUUAAACACAUGAUCUGGAAAAAACGAAAUUAUGUCACUUCAAUGUGUCUCUUUCCCACUAUCUUUGCCAUCUCAACCACACUGGUCAGCUUCCUUUUUAUCCCCGACGAGGAGACACCGCACUGCAUUUUUAUGCUAACAACAGAAAUGCAAAUAUAUCAAAUGGUCUCCAGUUCGUUAAUUGUUCUAAACGUACUCACUCUCUUCAUCAUAAUAUUUUCUGUCAUUUGUGCAGUUCGGAAAUCGGAAAGUAUGCGUAGCAGUCGACACUCUAGUGGAUCCAGAACCAACAGUUUACGAGAAGAGAAAAACAAAGUUUUCCGAUCAACGUUCUUUUUGGUUCUCGUUUAUAUUAUAUCUUGGUGGUCAGCGGUCAUUAUAUUCCGAAUCAUCGUCGAGUUUGUCAAGGAUGUCCGGGAAGUUGUUCACUUCAUGCCAUACUUGGUCAUCAUAGUAAUGCCAAACUUCUGCCAAGCUUAUUAUGUGACCUAUUUCCGAUCUCCAAGGUUCCGAAAAGCGUUCCGCGAACAGUUCCACUGGAUAACUUGCGGAUACGCAUUUCCAAAAAUAUUCGACAAGGAAAUAAGUAGAGGAAGCAAACAUGGAAGUGCCACGAAUUCUGCACAUGCAGCACCACCGAAUACUGAUUCCGAUGGAAAGAAAUUCAAAAGUGGAAGUCAAAAAUCGAUUCGAUUUUCUGUCACUGCUGUUCAAGCUCAUAUUUGA